AUGGGUCACAAUCCAGCGCUCACGCGCCAAACGGCAAAUAUGCGCUGGUGCCUGCAGAACACUUUUCGCAAGAAUGAUUUUCGUCCUCUACAACGAGAUAUUAUUGUGGCUGUCAUUGAGGGCCACGAUGUUUUUCUGCAAGCAUCGACUUCGUUCGGGAAAAGUCUAUGCUACCAACUCCCUGCGGUGUUGAAAGAUUGGGGCUUAACGAUUGUUGUGAGCCCACUUCUGGCACUAAUGGUUGAUCAAGUCAACGCCCUAAAAGCUCUCGGUGUAUCAGUAGAAACAAUAAAUUCAAACACACCGCAACCAGAAAAGAAACGAGUACUGCAAGACAUGCUCUGUGGCCACCCGGGGACGCGGCUUUUGUACGUCACUCCGGAACUAUGCGCAACAGAGCAUUUCCGUCGCCAAUUGCUAGUUGUCCACAAGCAAGGCCAACUCAUCCGAAUUGCAAUUGACGAAGCACAUUGCAUCAGUCAAUGGGGUCACGACUUCCGUCCUGCCUACAAAGAGCUGAGCUGGCUCAGAAACAACCUCACUAACCCACCCGUACCUAUCACUGCUGUUACCGCAACUGCGACACCGCGAGUCCGCUCCGAUAUCAUUGACAUCCUAGGCCUAGACGUGACCAAACUAAAGCUCUUCAACACGCCAUCGGCCCGUCCAAACAUCCACUAUGAGGUCCGGUACCUCGAAGAUUUCAAUGAUGACUACAGCGGUGCCGAGGACAGCCAACUAUCAAACCUCCUCAGAUGGCUCAGAGCCAUCCGAACCCGACGAGAAGCCAGACUCGGCGCAGAGCAGGUGGCACAACUCGCACCACUUUCUGGAAUUGUGUAUGUGGGAACCCGCGCACUAGCCGAGCAUCUAGCAGGCCGAUUAUCCUCCGAUCAGACGGUCUCCGCAGUACCAUACCACGCGGGUCUAGAAGCAGAGAACCGGUCCCGGAUCCAAGAGAGAUGGAAAGCACCUGAACCAGCUCAGCAAUCAACAGAGGGUAAAACCCCACCGACCUUCUCCAUUAUUGUAGCAACGAACGCUUUCGGCAUGGGAAUCGACAACCCAAACGUCCGCUUCGUCGUCCACUGGACACCGCCCUCCAGUUUCGAAAGUUUUGUCCAAGAAUCAGGACGCGCAGGUCGGGAUGGCUGUGCCGCGGCUUCAAUCGUUUACUAUGGUCUGCUCGAGCGUGACCGCGUACAAAAGUUCAUAUACCGAGACACGGAGCAGCACCGCAGAAAUGGCAUUGAGAAUCGAGAUGCGAAGCUUGAGAGUUUCGGGAAAGUUAUUCGAUACUGUGAGAGUAUUACUCGGUGUCGACAUGGGCUUAUCAAGGAGUUCUUUGGUGAUUUUGAGCUUGAGGAAUUGGGCUCGCAAUUGCCACCUUCCACGCCUGCACCGGCGGGCUCGACCUCGCCUUGUGAUUUUGCUUGUGAUUUCUGUAAAGAGGGGAGGAGUGGGCUGUCGAAACGACGUUCGAAGAUGGCGUCUGAAGCGGAGAUGUCUCUUUUAUAUGCCGAUUUCGAGUAA